GCUGACACUGUCAUGUGCAAGCUGACGCAUCAUCCCUUGCCUUCGUAAUUACCUAUGUAUGCAUCGAAUUCAAUAAAUACCCUCGCUCCAUACUGCAGUCUCAUCGGUCAACAAGGAGAAAAAUGGGAGCUCUGGAUUACCUUUCCGAUCUAUUCUCAUUCCCACGCAGCAACAGCAGCAUCAAGAAGCGCAAGCAGUUGCAGACAGUGGAGAUUAAAGUGAGGAUGGAUUGCGAAGGCUGCGAGAGGAAGGUGAAGAAGGCCGUAGAAGGCAUGAAAGGUCUGACCCACGUGGAAGUGGACAGGAAGCAGCAAAAGCUGACGGUCGUGGGAUACGUGGACCCAAACAAGGUGUUGAGGAGAGUGAGGUGGCGGACUGGGAAGAAGGCUGAGUUAUGGCCGUACGUACCAUACAGCGUCGUGCCCCAACCAUACGCACCUGGCGCGUACGAUAAGAAGGCCCCGCCCGGCUACGUGCGGAAUGUGGUGGACUCCUCGUCCUCUCUGGCACGUGCUAGUUCGACCGAGGCGAAGUUCACUACUUUCAGCGACGACAACCCCAACGCGUGCGCCACCAUGUAACUUGCCCUUCGUAUAUACAUUAUACGUCCAUGUAUAAUUUUUCUUGUGUGUGUUCCUGAAAAACAGUUGUGAAAAACAGCUAUACGGUUUUUGUGUGUAUGCGCCAGCUCGUGUGUAUUAGUAUUAAUAUACAUGGAGUGUUUUGUUCCUGUAA